GACGAGCUACACGGUGCACAAUGGUAACCUGAUAAAAUAAAUAAAUAAAUAAAAUACAAUAUAAUAAAAAUGAAAAUACCCAAACGAAAGCUAUUCCUUCUGAUCAUUUUCGCGUAUGUGGCAUUUUCACUCUACGCUGCGUACAACGUGUUCUUCAGCAGCAAAGUCAUCUCCCGUGUGCACAGGGUGGUCAAGAAAGAGUCAGGUGGCGUGAGAGAUGGCGGAGCCGCUGCCCCGUUUGUGGAGGAUGAGGAGUGGAACCCGUGGGAGGACGAGCAGGUGGAGUACAACUCUGCCCUGCACAAGAAGAGAGAGGCCUUCAAGCAGCACCUGGACCGCAUAGACAAGAACAAACCCAGGAGAUACAAGGUGCAGAUCUGGGGGAAGGCUGCCAUAGGGCUUUACCUUUGGGAACAUAUUCUGGAGGGGCCUCUCAACCCCACCGACAAGGUAGCACAAUGGAGAGAGGGCGAGCUGCAGUCAGGGAAGAUUGAUUUCAGUUUCUACACGGGUCCUGCUGUGGUCCAGGGCCACGUCCCCCUCGACAUGAACAGCCUGGUCCUGGUCCUGAACGGCCGCGAGCAGCAGAAGAUCUCGUACUCCACGCGCUGGCUGGAGCACGUCCACGCUCUGGUGCAGUCCCACACCGUGGCUCACGUGGGCGUGGUAAUGCUGGGUAACGAGCACUGCAACAACGACUGGAUCAGCCCCUACCUGAAGAGGAACGGCGGCUUCGUGGAUCUGCUGUUUCUGGUGUACGACAGCCCCUGGGUCAACGACAAGGAUGUCUUCCAGUGGCCGCUUGGCGUUGCCACUUACAGACAGUUCCCCAUGAUCAGGGCCAACGCUCAGCUGAUCACUUCCAGCAGACCAUACCUCUGCAAUUUCCUAGGAACUGUUUACAAAAACUCCUCCAGAGAAACACUCAUGCAGGUUCUGAAACAGGCUAGCCUGGAGAAAGAGUGUAUCACUAAUGCCAGGGAGAAGUGGCUGCCUCAGGAGACGGCAGACAGUCUGAGACGCUAUCAGACAGCUCUGGCUCAGAGCGAGCUCACUCUCUGCCCGGUGGGGGUCAACGCGGAGUGCUACCGCAUCUAUGAGGCCUGCGCUUACGGCUCUGUCCCCGUGGUGGAGGACGUGCAGACGCCCGGGACCUGCACGACCGGACCCAGCUCCCCGCUGCGUCUGCUCAAGGCCGCGGGCGCGCCCUUCAUCUUCCUCAGUGACUGGAAGGAGCUGCCUGCCAUCCUGGAGAAGGAGAGAGGGAUGAGCCAGGAGCAGAGGGUGGACAGGAGGAGGAGGCUGCUGGAGUGGUACACCAGCUUCCGGCAGCAGAUGAAGGAGCGGUUCACUGAGGUCAUCGAGGAGACAUUCUUUAAAAACGGAUGACUGCGGUGGUUCAUUAGCACACCCUAAAAAAAAAAAAAAAAAAAAAAGAAGCCAAAUAGGGUAAUCAUUUCAUUUAUCGUGCGGUGCGUGGAGAAACGCGGUGGUAUUGUGAUCCUGUUCAUGUUUAAUGUCAUAUUCUUGUGCAGGUUAUUUAAAAAUAUUUAUGGUACGUAGGAGAGUUCAAAAGCUGUCACUACUGAUCAGUAACAUUUUUUGUAAAGUGCUUCAUGAACUCUGAAUUUUUUAUUUGCCCAUCUAAAUAUGUUUACAAUUACAGAAUGUUCAGGCAAUCGGAGACGCCGCCUGCCUUGACAUUUUAAAGUCCUUAUAUUAUUUUAAAUAUGCAUUUUGUACCUCUGUUUCUACAUAGUUACUAUAUUAAAUGCACUGGUCUUUAAGAAAGGAUACCCCAAGGAAACACUAUGAUGGUACUGUUGGAUUUUGGGGAGAUAAUUAUGUGUUAGUGUAGGCACCAAUCGAAAAUAGUGUAUAUUUGGCAUUGUGUAACGGACUGGAAAGGGAAGUUGCUGUAGCAUGUGUUGCUGUGCUGAACAGGAAAAAAAAAAUAGAAAUGUCUGCUUGGUAUCAGUUUUUCAAUGUCGUGGUGCAUGGAUUUCCAAAAUGUGCAAUAAAAUGGAGAAAUGUUCUUAAUAGUGACGAAUGGACGUGGUCGUCGUGUCCCUCUAUCCGCCUGCAGAUGGCGCUGUGGCCAUUCUCAGCUGCAAAAGCUUCAACGUUUGAGUUUCACCCAAAUCGUCAUGCAUGAGUAAAUAUUUUGUAGCAAAUAACACACUGUGUCGCCUUUUGUAAUGUUUGUUUUCAAGAUCAUCAAAUUUUGAGUUAAGGUGGAUUUUGUUCAUUUUGGAAAGUGAAAUUCCUCAUUUUUUCUUGAACGUAAAAACAUGUAAAACGGUGCAGUGAGAUUAAAGCUGACCUUGAUGUGAUCAUGUUUGCUCCAACAAGAGGCAUGCGUGUAAUACCUUUAAUAAAAGCUGCUGGAUCUUGAUUAAUUAAAUGAUCUAUUCUGUAU